AUGGCGAUAUUCCAUGAUAUGGUUGAGGAGUCCAUGGAGGUCUUUAUGGAUGACUUUUCUGUAUUUGUGCUAGUGAUUUGCAGAGCUGUUUUAGGACAAAGGAGAGAUAAGAAGUUCCAACCAAUUUACUAUGCUAGCAAGACACUAACUGAUGACCAGGAGCACUACAACACCACUGAAAAGGAGCUUUUAGCUGUUGUUUUUGCAUUUGACAAGUUCAGAUCUUAUUUAGUGCUAUCAAAGACUGUGCUCUACAUGGACCAUUUUUCACUCAGAUCAGGUAACAUCUCUACUCGUGAUGAGAUGCCUCAAAUGAGCAUUCAUGUUGUUGAGAUUUUUUAUGUUUGUGGGAUCGACUUCAUGGGACCUUUCCCUUCUUCCUAUGGCAAUAAAUACAUCUUGGUUGCCGUUGAGUACUUUUUUAAAUGGGCCGAAGCGCAAGCUUUUCCCACUGAUAAUCCUAGGUUAGAAAAGGUGCUUAAACGCUAUGGUGUAUCACACAGGUUUUCCACACCCUAUCACCCACAAACCAGUGAGCAAGUGGAGGUUACUAAUAGGGGUUUGAAAUGGAUUAUAGAGAAAAUUGUAGGAGUGAGUAGGAAAGACUGGGCGGAGAAGCUAGAUAAUGCCUUGGGGGCCUUUAGGACGGCUUGUCGUACUUCAACUAGUUUUACACCAUAUAGGCUAGUUUAUGGGAAAGCAUGCCAUUUGCCUGUUGAACUUGAUCAUAAAGCAUUGUGGGCUUUAAAAACUUGCAAUUUUAAUGUUGAUAAUGCAGGUAGAAAUAGACAGUGGCAGCUUAACGAGUUGGAAGAGUGGCGUAACCAAGCAUCUGGCAACUCCUUAAUCUACAAGGAGCGUACCAAGAAGUGGCAUGAUAAGAGGCUAAGGAGCACUAAGGAGUUCCAAGUUGGGGAUAGUGUUUUAUUGUAUAACUCAUGA